AUAUUUAAGGCAGUCUGGCGGGACCGCCUCUCCCCCUGCACGCUUCUUCGAAGUUUCGGUGCCCACUCGUGCCUCACGCCAGGCAUGCUCACACCCUAGCCCCUAAGAGAUGCCUAGCUGCCCUCCCCACCGCUCGCCCGGCCCCUGGGAUUCCCGAAGUUCGAUAGCGCCUCCUUAAGCAGCGUCUACGAGCUUGAAAGUUGAGGCGGGGGUUUUGUUCUUAUAAGGAGGGAAAAAAAAAGUUUCUCUGACAUCCAGGAAAUGAGUAACCCCCGAAGCUCUUUAGGGCCCUGCUGAUGGAGGCCAGAAGAUCCGAGUCGGCAGCGCUUAUCUCAGGCUCCUCGGAGCUCCUUGGGCGGAGGGACGCUGGGCAGCAGUUGAACAGCGGUCACACCUAAGUUUCCAACUCGCUGCUAACUUUUUGCGGACCCACCCACCCGCCUUUGGGGGGGCGGGGGGGUGGGGAAGCAGCGGGACCGCGAACCGGCCGGCGGACGUCUGUCGACUUCUUGGAAGUUCUAGCCACUGUUCUUGGUUCUGCCAGAAUAAGUCUUCCAUGUUACAGCCCUUGAAAGUUUUCAGCAUGACAGCAGGAAUCUUCAGGGUCUGCCUCGUGGUGGUCACUGCCAUCAUCAAUCACCCAAUCCUGUUUCCUUGGGAAAAUGCCACCAUCCCAGAAAAUGAGGAGGACAUCAUCCACAAGAUGAGGGUGCACCAGGAGAAGAUGCAGCUGGAACAGCUGAGGCUGGAGGAGGAGGUAGCCAGGCUGGAGGAAGAGAAGGAGGCCCUGAAGCAAGCCACUGAGGAUGGCCAGCACCAGAAUGAAAGCCGGAUGGCGUGGGACCUGUGGAGUACCCUCUGCAUGAUUAUUUUCCUGAUGAUUGAGGUGUGGAGGCAGGACUACCUGGACGGCAUCCCUCCUGACUCUCCUGGAGAGGAGGAUGACCUUCCCAGCUCAAGAACUACCUUCAAAGGCAUUAAUCUUCCUGACAAGGUGACACUGUCCCACUUCUAUGAACGAUGCAUCCGAGGGACUACUGGAGAUGCAGUCCGGACCCGGGAGUUCGUAGAAGGCUUUGUGGAUGAUCUGUUGGAGGCACUGAGGAGUGUGUGCAAUCGGGACUCUGACAUGGAGGUGGAAGAUUUCAUUGGUGUAGGGAGUAUGUAUGAGAACUGGAGGGUGGACAAGCCAUUGCUCUGCGACCUCUUUGUGCCUUUCAUACCCCCGGAGCCAUACUGCUUCCGCCCAGAGGUCUGGUGCACCAGCAAGUCAGUCCCCUUGGAUCUCCAGGGUUAUGGCCAGAUCAAGGUCGGCUGGAUCAAUGAAGACUCCGUGAGCUGCAUCUGCGGCAAGACCAAGCUUGGGGAGGACUUACUCUGCCUCCUGCACAGCAAAACCAACGACAAGACGAGUCCUGGAAGCAAGAUGGAAGACUUGCUGUGUUUCAAGGACUCUCCAUUCCUGGAUAUGGACCAGGUCAUGAAGUGGUUCCAAACAGCCCUCACCAGAGCUUGGCACCGCAUCUCACGCAAGUAUGAGUUCGACCUGGCCUUUGGCCACCUGGAUACCCCGGGGUCCCUGAAGAUCAAGUUCCGUUCAGGGAAGUUCAUCUCCUUCAACCUCAUCCCAGUGGUCCAGUGUGAGGAUUCAGACCUGUAUUUUGUGUCUCACUUCCCCAAAGGCCGUCCUAUGGGGGCCCCAACCUCUACCACGCACUGGUUCCUCUCCUUCGCUGUCUAUGAGAGACACUUUCUCAAGAUGAUUACCAAGGUACUACCAGAAAAUGCCUGCCACCUCAGUUGCCUCCAGAUUGCCUCCUUCCUGCUAAUAAAGCAAAAUCGCUUGACGGGUGUCAGUGGCCUCAGCAACUACCACUUAAAGACAGCCUUGCUUCAUUUGCUGCUGGCCCGGCCAGCGUCUGACUGGGGGCCUGGACACCUGGAAUCCCGACUGAAUGACCUGCUCCGCUUCCUAGAGAAGAGUCUCGUAGAAAAGAAGCUCUACCACUUCUUUGUGGGCAACCAGAAGGUGCCCGACACCAUGGGCAUUCCUGAGGACUUCAGAUGGGCAGAGCCCUUAAAUCUCUUCUGUCCCUUUGUCCUCCAGCGAAGCCUCUAUCAGAAAACAGUAGAUUCUUUCUAUGAGAUGCUGAAGAAUGCGUCUACCCUCAUUAGUGAAUACUCCUUGCACAUCCCUGCUGACCAUUCCAGCUCACUUCAGAAACGGACCCUCGCCUAGGGGAGCAAGAAUGCAGCAGCUAAGGUCAGGGCUGGGGCAGGCAUAGAACAUUCCUCUCCCAGGUCCCAGGCCUUCAGAAUUACUUAGAAACCCAGACCUGAGAAGAAGGGCAAACUUUCUUAGGAGUUGGUGUUUAUCCUCUGGAGGAAGCCAGUGUGGCCUGUAAGAGCAAGGAACGUGGUACUUGGUCCCCCAAAGCCAACAAUUCAACUGCUUUUCUGCUGGUUGGCAAUUGAUGGUUCCAUUUGGUUUAGGAGUCAUUCCUUUUUAAGCUGUUUGAUCUCUCUCUCCUUUCUCCUUCCUACUCCCAACCACUUUGGAGUUGGUGUUCUACACCAGGAAAGUGAGGAAUAAUUCCAAGCAUUUUGACUUGGAUGUAAUUGUUUUUGCUGGGGUUUUUUGUUUUUUUUUGUUUGUUUGUUUUUGUGUUGUUGUGUGUUUUUUUUUAAUCAGGUCCACUAUCUCUACUUGAAUAUCUUUGCUUUAAAGAAAGCAGAGCAGGGAGUCUCAGGAAAUGACAGGAAGAGCAAAAAGGACCAAUGCUGAAAGAGGGCCCUAGCUUCUCUUAAAACCUAUUAGAUCCUUGGCUGGGGGCUUUUGCAAACAGAAGUACCAUCAGGGUCCUAAUGUUGGAAUUCCCAGACUUGGCCUCACAUCCUUCACAGCCAUCUUAGCUAAUAUUUACAUAAAACCAGAAAAGAAGGAUGAUGGGGGUGCAAUAUAGUGGUAAGCUAAAACCUGUUACACAGAGAAUGAGUAAAUGGUUAAUUGAAAGGUUUGAAAUGAGGCAUGUUCCUCCAGCACUCACAGUCAACUCCCUUGCCCCAGCCUCAUAGCAGAUGAGUUUGACAGACCACAAGAGCCCCCUGUGUGUGAGUUCAGGCUUCCUCCUCAUUUUGCCCUUUCUUUUCCCUGUCCCCUUUCCGUGGUGGCCAUUAAGUUGGCAUUCUUGCCAAAAUAAGGUAUAGACAAGGUAGGGUUGGGAUAUGGAUUCUAGCUAAAUAUUAAAAGGAUGAGGGACAAAAGCAAGAUUAGGAAAAGAUAUUGAGGCGGACUGGGAGAGGAGAGGGAAGAAAAGAAUAAUAAGGAUUAAUUUCAGAGCCUGAUGAUGAUUGUGAAGAAAGCAUCCGCUCCCUACAACAUUUUUGGUGCUAAAAUCCAUCUGUUCUUGUAGUCUAGCCCGAGUGUCUGUCUUUCCCAGUCCUCUGUGCUGGUGAUUCUGAAGUCACAGAACCAAGGAAGGAAUACUAAACAAAGAGUGAGAGAACCAUAGCCUAAUGGGUGGCAGAUAUAAGGGAAGGAACCUGCCCAUCUUCCUAUGGGGUUUCCAUAGGACAAACAUCUGGAAGGGCUUUGAAGGAGCCUAGGAGGGCUUUUUGUCAUACUGGAUUUAGCCUUCUCACCAGAUUUCUGCAAGAUGCAGAAAUGUGCAUUGUGGAACCCAUCCCUGCCUGCAUUUCACUAUAUGAAUGACUCAGAAGCAAAACCACAGAAUGUCUCAAACAAGAAAAAGAAAAAGGAAAAAAAAGAGCCUUCCCAGGUCUCCAGCCAGCAGGCUCCCAGCCAUUAAUGGAAGAGUAGCUGUGACUUAGCCAGCCUUGUCUCAAACGCAGGUGUUGAUGAGGGAGGAUUUGGGCACAGGAAUAAGCAGUUCAUAAAGGAAUAGACUAUAGAAGUGCUUCAGCAUUGGAGUCUGCCAUGGGUGGCACCGCCCCACCCUAGUUUUCGCUUGCACCCUAGAUUUCCUCUACUGGUCUACCCUUGGCAAUAGCAAGGGAAGCCAGAAAGAAAGGAGAGUGGGGGAAGGAGGAAAAGAACAAUCAUCUUGGUACUGUUUCUCAAUUCUAUCCCACUCCCUGCCCUAGCAGUACAGUUACCAAAGAACUCAUCUAUUGAUCUUCAGAGGCGGGAUCCCUGUCAUUUCCUGAGAAAAAGGAACCAUUUCCCCAUCUACCUCUCUGUCUCUUGAUAAAAGACACUCUCCUCCCAGGGACUCUGGACAGUUUGCUAAUAAAUAAAAGGUAAUUCUCAGAGAGGGAAUCCUGGCAGAUGAAGGUCCUGGCAAGAUUUAGUUAAAUAAGCUUUAAAAAACAAACUUAAAACUAUCUUCUAGUCCACAAUGGCUACCACACAAGGGUACUAACUCAUCCCUGCCGAUUAAGGCAGUUCCGAUUAAGUGGAAGUGACUUAUGUGAAAGUGGGAGGCAAGAGACAAGUUUCCUUUCUGCACUGAUUUUGGUCUCCCACAAGGAGCUACAGCUAUCCUCGGGAGCCCCCUUGGAGUAUCUUGGCCCAGUCCUCUAAGGCACUUUGGUGGUGGCAACCCUUGAAGCAUGGAUGGUAAAUAGCCUUAUUUAUUACAGCCUUUUUUCUUUUCACACCCCUGUUCUGGACUCAUCUAAUGGGCUUUGAAAAGACUACAGGGAUUGAGGACCAACAUCUGAAAUCCAAGCCUGGACCCAAACCACACUUGAGUUUCCUCUUUGAUUCCAUGAAAUAUUUUGCUAAAGAAUAUAUUCUGCCUUGUUUUUUUUUGGUUUUUUUUUUAGUUUGUUUUUUUUUAAGACAAUCCCUAAAGGGGCAAAAGGGAUCUUUUUUUGUAUCCAAAUGCUGCCUCUAAAGCAGAAUGUUUGUUGAAGUUUAUGUCUGCACUCGGUAUUUUAUGCCGCCUUAUUUAUAUUAUAUUAAAGAGUUAAGACUUGUAAAAA